AUGGACGAAUCGAUCGUGAUUAUUCUUCAAAGUCAUGUACUUCGUCUUAAUCAUAAUCAAAAUUCUAUAAUAAAUUCUAAUGAUGAUAAUAAUAAUAAUAAUAAUACAUCAAUAAUAAAUUCAAAAUUAUCAAUGGAUUGUAUAAAUAUUAAAUUUGAUGAAGAUAUUAAUUUUCAUUUAUUACGUCAUUGGUCAUUAUAUGAAUCUAUAUGUCAUACACAUGAUAUGAUAAUAUCAUUUAAAUUAUGGUCAUCACGUGGUUUAUCACAAUUAAAAGAAUUUCUUGCUGAUUUAGGUAUACCGAAACGUGAAUAUGAACAAAAUUAUCGUGAUAUGAAUAUAAAAUAUAAAUUAAAUAUUAAAAAACAAAUAUUAGAUAAACGUUUACAAGAUAAAUAUCAUUAUAUAACAAAUACAAUUAUAUUACCAACAUUUUUAUUAACAAGUGGUUUUACAUUAAAAUUAUCACCACAAGAUAUUGUUUAUUCAAUAAUGUCAACAUUACAAACAUCAUCAACAACAACAAUAACAACAUCACCAUCAAUAAUGAUUGAUUUAACUGAAAGGUUUUCUUUAGCAUUAUCAUGUUUAAAUUAUAAUCAAUUAAAUUAUUAUUUAAAUGGUAUUGAAUUAGAAAAAAUUUAUACAAAUAAAAAACAUUAUUUAAUUGAAACAUUAUUACAAUCAGAUAAAAAUUUAACAUUUGAUAAUACAAUACCAUUUAUAUUACUUAAAUUUGAUCAAAAUAUGUUUAAUUCAUCAACAACAAAUGAUAAUAUUAAAUCAUGUGGAUUUUUUACACAUCCAUAUCAAGCAUAUUUAUUUGCACGUAAUGCAUUACAAAUAUUAAUAUCAUAUACAUCAUCAUCAACAAAUAUAAUUAAGAAAAAAAAAUCUAAACAUUUACAACGUUUACCAUUAAUAUUAAUAGCACCAUAUUCAUUAACAAAUACAGGACAAGAAUUAGUUGAAAUUGUUGUUGGUGUACCAUCAUUAAAUAGUAUUAUGAUGAAUUCAUUUUCAACAUUAUUUGAAACAGCUGAUCGUCGUUGUGGUAAUGUUGCAAAAUUUGUAUUUUUUGAUCAUUCAGUAUUAUUAUUACAAGAACAACAUCAACAAAAAUUUAUCGAUGCACUUAUGUUUGUACUUGCGAAAUAA